AUGCAGGGAGACCAGGUGCUGCUAUUGCUGUUGUUGGGCCUCAAGAUACAUCUGUCCUUUGGUGUUAUCCCCGUGGAGGAGGAGAAACCAGCCUUCUGGAACCAAAAGGCAGCCGAGGCCCUGAAUGUUGCCAAGAAGCUGCAGCCCAUUCAGACAUCAGCCAAGAACCUCAUCAUCUUCCUGGGGGAUGGAAUGGGGGUGCCCACAGUGACAGCCACCAGGAUCCUAAAGGGACAACUGGAAGGUCAUCUAGGACCUGAGACACCCCUAGCCAUGGACAGCUUCCCAUACAUGGCUCUGUCCAAGACAUACAACGUGGAUAGACAGGUCCCAGACAGUGCAGGCACAGCCACCGCCUAUCUCUGCGGGGUCAAGGCCAACUACAAGACCAUUGGCUUGAGUGCAGCAGCUCGAGUUGACCAGUGCAACACCACGUUUGGCAAUGAGGUCAUCUCAGUGAUGAAUCGUGCCAAGAAAGCAGGAAAGUCUGUGGGAGUGGUGACCACUACCAGGGUGCAGCAUGCCUCUCCAGCUGGCACCUACGCGCACACGGUGAACCGUAAUUGGUACUCGGAUGCAGAAAUGCCUGCCUCGGCGCUGCAGCAGGGCUGCAAGGACAUUGCCACACAACUCAUUUCCAACAUGGACAUUGAUGUGAUUCUCGGCGGAGGCCGCAAGUUCAUGUUUCCCAAAGGGACGAAGGACCCUGAGUACCCAGAUGAUGCUGCCCAAUCUGGAACCAGGCUGGAUGGACAGGACUUAGUACAGAAGUGGCUGGCAAAGAACCAGGGAGCCCGGUAUGUUUGGAACCUCAAAGAGCUCCUUCAGGCCUCCCAGGACUCCACAGUGACUCACCUCAUGGGCCUCUUUGAGCCAGCAGAAAUGAAAUAUGACGUCAACCGAAACUACUCACUUGAUCCAUCCCUCAAGGAAAUGACAGAGGUGGCCAUUCGCAUGCUGAGCAGGAACCCACAAGGCUUCUACCUCUUUGUGGAAGGAGGUCGUAUUGACCAAGGCCACCAUGAGGGCACAGCUUACCUGGCAUUGACUGAGGCUGUCAUGUUCGAUUCUGCCAUUGAAAGUGCCAGCCAGCUCACCAGCGAGAAGGACACACUGAUACUCAUCACCGCUGACCACUCCCAUGUCUUUGCUUUUGGUGGCUACACACUUCGGGGGACCUCCAUCUUUGGUCUGGCACCACUCAACGCUCAAGAUGGCAAACCCUACACCUCCAUUCUCUAUGGCAAUGGCCCGGGCUAUGCGCUUGGUUCAGGCAACCGUCCCAAUGUCACCAGUGAGGAGAGUGCUGGCACCUCAUACCGGCAGCAGGCAGCUGUACCCCUGUCAUCAGAGACCCACGGAGGAGAGGACGUGGCGAUAUUCGCACGUGGCCCUCAGGCACACCUGGUGCAUGGAGUGCAGGAGCAGAAUUACAUCGCCCAUGUCAUGGCCUUUGCAGGCUGCCUGGAACCCUACACUGACUGUGGCCUGGCCCCCCCUGCAGGCCAGAGCAGCCCCAUCACCCCUGGCCAGAUCAAUACUGAAGUCACAAACAGUGCAGCCCACCAGGGCACUAUCCAGCUGUCCCUGCAUCUGCUGGUUAGCACACUGCUGCUAGUAGGGACAGCCAUGGAGGCAUACUGA